UACACAAAUUUGAAACGAGGCUUGUAUUCAACUUAACGGCGAGGGAAAACAAUCCGUGUGUUGAUAAAUACACACAUUUCCGUAACGUUUUGCUACUUACCAAAUGGAAAAUUUAUUUGAAAGGUGAUAGAAUUACAUUGAUAAAUAUGUCUAUUUUAAAUCAAGCAGCCGUGGAAGCUCUUUGCUCGGCUACAUAUUUAGAAAAUUACCUUGAAACUAUGGACAACCUGCCAGACGAUUUGCAACGUAUAGUGACUCAACUCAGAGAACUUGAUAUUCAAUGCAGAAGUCUCUUACAGGAUACUGAACAACAUAAAGAAGUUUAUUUGAAGGAAGAGAAUGGACCUGCAAAGAAAAAGGCAUUUAUUGCAAUACAGAGAACACUUGUGAAGUGUCAGGAAAUUGGAGAUGAAAAAUUACACCUUUUAACAUUGAUUCAUGAAUUCAUAGAGAAUAGGCAUAGACAACUUGACCAAGACAGGGAAAAUCUGGGAAUUUUGUUUGAUCCUACCUCAACAUCAUCAUCACGUGAUCAUGAGCGUGAGGAGUUCACACCACAACCUCCUGUGGUUAACAAUAUCAAGGUCAAUAAACAAGAGGAACGAAUUGUAGAGCAAAGAAUAAUUACUACAAGCAAGAGACAAAGACGACAGAAAAAUCAUGACACACUUAUAAAAGAAGAGGAAGAGAAAAUUCCAAAGAAAAAGAAGAAAAGGAAGACAAAGAAAGAUAAAGAACAGUCUCCUAUUGAUCCCCCUAUUGACCCUGAUGAGCCUCUUUAUUGUUUAUGUCAACAAGUAUCAUAUGGUGAAAUGAUUGGUUGUGACAAUGAUGCAUGUGCAAUAGAAUGGUUCCAUUUUAAUUGUGUAGGACUUACCAGUAAGCCAAAAGGAAAGUGGUUUUGUCCAAAAUGCCGAGGAGAUACAUGCAAAGUUAUGAGGAAAAUGUAGCUAAAACUUAAUCUUGUGUUUACAAAGUUUACAAAUGAUAAGAUAUAUUAUCUUAGCAUUACAUUUAGUAAUUAAGGAUAGUAAAAAAGAAUGGCAUUUAAUUUUUUAUGCAUGUUAAGAAAACAAAUGAAAUUCAGUCCUGUAUUACAGCUAUAUGACAAUGAAGGUUUUGAAAGUUUUUAAGUCAUUGUGCUAUUUAUAUUUCACCUGUAGCUUUAGAACUAUGCAUUUAUUUUAAUAUGAAUUUUUUCUUCUGUUAAAUGACAAAUUAUUGAUAUAGAAGACAGGCGCGUAGCUAGCCUAUAAAGAAUGUGGAUUCAAAAUAAUCUAGGGGGGUCAGGGGGCAUGCCCCCCCUGAAAAUUUUGAAAUAAAUGGUGCAAUUUGGUGCGUUUUGGGGCCUCCGGAGAGCUUUCUUGACCAACGAAAAUCCAUUUAUUUUAGCAUAAAAAUGGAGAUGAAUAGCUUUACUUUCGUUUAUUUCAACUAGUCUACAUUUCACAGCAAGUCUAACUUGCGGCCUUUGCUGGCCGCAAACUCAUUAAUGAUAAUAUCAAUAUCUAAACCCAUGUGUCUGUAGGCGUGCAACAGCGCUAGUCCAGACAUCCGUUCUGUGAGCAUCGUUGAUCUCAUGUAGUUUUUCAGGCGUCUCAUCAUUUACAUUUCGAAAAUACGGCGCGUGCAAACUUCCGACUUUGAAGAGCUGCAAAGGCCGACAGCUUUUCAAAAAAAUACUACGGUGUGGUGUACGAUUUAGGCUAUAUGAUUUAUAAAGUAUUCAGUGUGGUAAUAAUCAGAUCUGGCGAACGCGGCUGAAUUUCAAACCACAUUUUUUUUACUAAAAAAUUUUUUUUUGGUCAAAAUAAUGUGGAUUCAGCUGCGUCCUCGCGUAUAGGCAGCUACGCGCCUGGAAGAUCAAAAUACAUAAAUUAGUGCAUUAAAUGAUUCAAAGGGGAUAUAACUCUUUUUAUUUCACAAUUAUGUACAAGUGUACACAAACAGUAUUGAAACAGUAAAUCUAUUUUUUUUCACUGAAUUUCCUCUGCGACUAUGAAUUUCAUUAAAACAUAUUAUAUUUACAAUGUUUUAGAUAUAUUUAUAACAAAUUUUUAUUUUUAAAUUUGUAUUGUAAGCCCUUCAGGCUUGUUUAACAUCAAAGAAUGUAUUGGUUACACAAACACUAGAUUCUUAUGUGGCUUGAAAUAGAAAGUGCUAAAUUUAUUCUCUCACACAAGCGGCAGUUUACCUAUACCAAAGAGGGGUCUGGUUAAAUGUAACAGAUAUGUAAGCAUUUGUUGAAAAUCAUAUAUUAAUCCUGUUGUCAAAUCAGGGGAGGGAACUUUAAGUUAAAAUUUGUACAACAGGGGCAGUAACUGUAGUCACAUAUGGGUGGGGGCUUAUAAUGCUGUCAAUUAGUGAUUGGCAUAAUAGAAAUGAUUUUUGACUACUAAGAUGUUAUUUAAGGUUUGCCCUUCUGUAUUUAAGUAUUCAAAAUCUGUUUAUAGUAACAUGUGAAUAAUACAAGGGUUAAAGGGACUUGACUGAGGUUUUUUGGCAUGACAAACUAUGGACUAAUUUUUCGAGGUUUGUUUUUAGCACGAUGUAGGUCUAAACCAACGACUUGUUUGCAAAAUUUCUGAUCAUUCGCUCACUCUGUUAUUCCAGAGUAUUUAUUCUAAUUGUGAAAAAUGAUCAAAUAUUGAAAAGCAUUGCAACGUUUUUCACUCAGAUCUCAAAUCAAGCUAAAAAUAGCACAAAAAUAUGUUAUCAUAUUUGUGUUUGCAUAUUUCUUAAUUUUCUUUUGCAUAUCUACCUGUGUUUAAUGCCCAUAUUGAUUUCUGGAAGAAAUUGAAAUUUUAUGUCUUUAGGGUUUAGGACCUCAGUGGGGUUCCUUUAAACAUUGGGUAUUUAUUAUUGCUUGGUAAUAGAAAGUCUUGGAUGUUAUUGAGUUCUUACAGUAUAAUUUAAGUGCAGUAUUAAAGAUGAAAUAUAUAUUCCUUCUAGAAUAAAUACUAAGGUUAAUAAAAGGUAAAACUUUAUUUGAUUGGUGUUGUUUUGUAAGUAAUCAUGAGGUAAAAAAGAAAAUUUAAAUGAAAUUUGAAAUAGUCAGGCAUUUUUUUAUUAUAGUAAAAUGAAAUGAGCUACAGUUAUUCAUUGUUACAAAUAAGGAAAUAUGUAACUGUAUGAGUUAUAUAUUUAAGUAACUGUUUUAAUAAAAUUGUACAAGAAAACCUA